GUCCCUGCAAACCUGGACGGGUGUCGCGGAGUUCGGGGUCUCCGGUGGGAUUUCGUUGAAGCAUCGCAAGCUUUGGCAAGUAUGGCUGAUCGUGCAGUGUGAGCAGGCUGAUGGGGCCGGUUCGCAGCAUUGGGUUCCCAGCAUGUUUCAAAUCGAAUACUAUUGUGACUUACAAUGGGCAUCAAUACUUCUGAAGAUGGGAAUGGUUUGAGAACUGGCACUGCUGUUGAAAAUGGAGCUACUAUAGUAGCUGAGUCCAUUGCCAUAAUUAUUAUUGAUAUUCUAAUAUGCUUGGGAAACCUUGUCAUUGUGGUAACCCUGUACAAGAAAUCCUACCUGCUCUCCCUCAGCAAUAAGUUUGUCUUCAGUUUGACUCUUUCAAACCUGCUUAUGUCUAUGUUCGUUCUUCCUUUUGUUGUCGUCAGCUCAAUACUUAGGGAAUGGAUCUUUGGAGUAGUUUGGUGCAAUUUUUCUGCACUACUGUACAUGCUGAUCAGUUCUGCCAGUAUGCUUACUCUAGGGAUUAUAGCAAUUGAUCGGUAUUAUGCUGUUCUUUAUCCUAUGGUGUAUCCUAUGAAGAUCACUGGGAACCGAGCUGUUCUGGCCAUAGCAUAUGUUUGGCUGCACUCUCUCAUCGGAUGUAUACCACCUCUCUUUGGAUGGUCUUCUUUAGAGUUUGAUCACUUCAAAUGGAUGUGUGUAGCCGCCUGGCACAAAGAGGCAGGAUAUACUGCGUUUUGGCAAAUAUGGUGUGCCUUGCUGCCAUUCUUGACAAUGAUGAUUUGCUAUGGCUUUAUAUUUCGAGUGGCUAGGAUAAAAGCACGUAAAAUUCAUUGUGGAACUGUUAUUAUUGUCCAAGAUGUUUCCCAAAAGAAUGGAAGAAAAAAUUCCAGUACUUCUACAUCCUCUUCAGGAAGCAAGAGAAAUGGCUUUUCCAGUAUUGUUUAUUCAGCCAACCAAUGCAAAGCCUUCAUCACUAUACUUGUUGUUAUUGGUACUUUUGUUCUUACUUGGGGACCAUACAUGAUUGUCAUAAGCACGGAGGCCUUAUGGGGGAAAAACAGUGUUUCUCCAAUGCUGGAGACAUUAGCUACCUGGCUAUCGUUUACUAGUGCAGUAUGCCACCCACUUAUUUAUGGACUUUGGAAUAAAACGGUACGCAAAGAACUCCUAAGCAUGUGCUUUGGAAACCGGUAUCGAGAUCCAUUUCAUCAGCCUAGAACAUCGAGAAUGUUUAGCAUUUCCAACCGAAUAACAGAUCUUGGAUUGCCUCCUCAUCUCACUAGUCUUAUGACAGCUGGAAAAGAUUCUGACCACCAAAGUACUACGACCAACACAGCCUUCAGCUACUCAAACGAUUCCGGUACAGAUGUUAUGUUGCUGGAUGACUACAGCUCGGACAGUACCCAGCACACUAGAUCUAUUUACUCUAGAAGAAAAAGUUCUGUAACAUUUGAAGAUGAGGUGGAACAGAAAUGUGAUGUUCACCCAGUGCCAGCUGAAAUGGAGGCAUGUGAUACCUCUUUGGAAUCCUUUGCAUCUAGUUUAGCCAAAGCCAUUGAAAUGGAUGCUAAAAUAAGUUUAUUUGGGGAAGACGCAAUGCAAGCUUCCUCUGUACUACGAAGUACACCAGGGAACAGCAGUAUAAACAAAGGCAGCCGAAAUCAUGUUAUCCCAAAGCAGAGGCUCAUACUGCAAAGUAUUGAUGAAGGAAAUCUGUAAAUAGCCUGAUGUGUGCUGUUUUGUAUACGACUGUGCUUCUCUAUCUGUGGUACAUGUACCCAGGGGGUAUGUCGAGAACGGUUUAAUAUUGCAAGUGUUAGUAUUAGGAGUCCUUGUUGACUUAAAAGUUUACAAUAGGAAUAUUUGGCUAGAAUGUGUUCUGAAUGUUACACUGGUUUGUGGAGAAAUUGUGUUCCAUUCACCAAACCUAACUGCAAUGCUAAAUAGCCCUAAAGUAUUGUCUUAAUAUAAAGUAUAACAUAUAAGACAUGGUAUUCUUAAAUGGAAGUGUUUCUCUUACAGUAAUAACCACUUAUCAAUAUAGUCACUGGGACAAGUGGAGCAAAUCACUGGGAUCAGUUACAUUGGGAUCAAUUUAUUGUGUGCCACGUAACAUGCAUUUUUCAUAGUGUUUAUUUAUAUAUACUGUUGUAAUCAAAAUUAUUCAACCGCCAGACUUUCAGCUGUUUGCAAUGAACACAUCAAACAAAAGCAAUUAAAAUAGCUCAACACAACCAAUGAUUCAAGUGGUUUCGGCAAAUUCAACUGAAAAUGCAACUUCGUCAAUCUCAAAUUAUUCAACCCCUUCAUGGCAAGCAUAUUUUGUACCUAGUAGAGCAGCUUUUUGUUGUUAUGACCUGCUGCAAACAAGAUGCAUAGCCAGAAACCAGCUUCUGGCAGCAUUCUUGAGUAAUCUUAGCCCAUUGUUCAUGAGCAAUGGCCCCCAGUUUGGUUAUAUUCUUGGGAUUGCGUGCUGCACCGCCGCCUUAAUAUCACACCAGAAAUUGGGUUUCAAGUCAGGUGACUUGGCCACUGUAGAAUUUUCCAAUACUUUUUUGUGUUGGAAGGUCCAAUGACGCUUAUGUUUCAGCUUCCUCACUGAUGGCAUGACGUUUUCUCCUAGGAUUUCCUGAUACUUUAAUAAAUCCACCUUGCCUUUCACACGCUGCAGGUUUCCAGUGCCAGAGGAUGCAAAGUGUAUGCUUUAUUCUUCUUCUUCCUGACAUAUACCACUGAUCCAUUGGGCUGAAUAUUUCCAGUUUUAUUUUAUCACUACACAGAACAGAAUCCCUAAAGUUCUGUGGCUUCUUUAUAUGAUUUUGAGCAAAUUGGAGCUGACUUUUCCAGUGCUUUUGUUUAAAUAGUGGUGUAUGUCUUGGAGUUCUGACAUGGAAAACCUUCUGCGUUUUAGUACGCACCUUACUGUGCUCACUGAUAUCUCAGUGGUUGUUGCCAGCAAGUCUUGCUGCAGGUCUUUUGCAGUCACUCACAGGUUUUUUACAACCUACCUUCUGAGAAAUCUGGUUACAAAGGAAGCCAUCAAUGGCUGCAUGCCCCGUCUGGGUAGUGUAACCAUUGUUUCUUCAUCUUUGAACUUGCGGACUAUGCUUCCAAAGAUGCCUAUCUUUUUGCAUCCUGUUCCUUGUUUGUGAAGGGCGAUGAUCUCUUCUCUUAACUUUGUGGACCAUUCUUUUAGUCAUAUUUCUAACAUGCAGUUAAAGGUGACACUCAACAAACCCAUAGCCAGUUAAGGUAUCUCAAGUGUUCCUGCUCAAGCACACCUGGUGCAACUAAUGAAGCCCUUGAUGAGUUGCAUCAGGUGUGCUUGAGAU